UAAGAGUGGUAGUCACUUGAUGCGGUAUUACUCUUGAAGUACAUGCAAUAUUUCACAACUGUAGUAACAAGUUAAUAUGUUGUUGAAAUAUUAUUCCGUCGUGAUACUUUGUCUUUCCAUCGUCAACGGAGAACCUGGAGAACCUAAAUGUUUGUCGAGGUUUGACUAUGACGAGAAAAUGUUAAUGAAACAAUUAAGAUUUGAAGACAAAGUUCAGAAAUUCGAGGAUUUUAUAAACGGAGUUAAGGCGCGAGAAGCCAAGGAAAAGGAGGAACGCGAUGAAUUGUUUGCCGCAGAAUUAGAUAAAGUUACAAACUUUCAAGAAUUUAUGAAAGAACUGAAGUCGAAAGAAGAAAAGGAAACAGAAGAACGCUCUAAGUUGUUUGCCGCAGAGUUACACAAACUAGAGAAAUACAAACAAGAGAAUGCGGAAGAAGUUGAACGACAGAAAAAUGUGACGUCAGAAAUGCUCGAAAGUGUGGCGAAUUCUAAGACGGAGUUUGAAAACAUUCAUAAACAAAUAAAUGAGACAAUGAAAGAGAAAGUGGUGGCUUUCACAAUGACCACACCAAAGGUGGGUGCUACAUCAGGAUCUAUGUCUUUUACAACGGUCGUUACAAACGAAGGGAACGGGUUUGAUACAUCGACUGGCAAGUUUACAUGCCCUGUAAGCGGGCUUUACUUCUUUUCCUUACACAUUAUCAAAAAGAGGGCAUCCGUCGACUAUGCCGGAUGUUACAUUUAUCUGAACGGAUCGAGUAAAGUGAGAGCUUACAUAGAUCCACAGGACGGGGCAAAUGGUGCAGACAUCGGAAGUUACGGAGUUUCGACAUCGGUGUAUUUAAAGCUGAAGGUUGGAGAUGUGGUGACCUUAGAGAACUGUAGUGGUACAAUACCAAGCGCUGUAGAACCAUGGACGUCAUUCAGUGGUUAUUUAGAAAGACAAGUUUAAUAACUAAAACAUAAAUAUAGUAUAACAUUGAUACUUUAUCAAAAUACACCAUUUAUGCAUAAAUGUUUCAAGUAUGAAAAUAUUAGACUUGUUAAAUAUAAAUUGAUCAGUCACUAUAUACGUUCAUAUGUAUUGUUCCCUGAAACACUCUCAUGUAUUGUUUUCUGAAACACUCUCAUGUAUUGUUAAUAUUUUAUAUGGGAAAUAUACACAUUGCAGUUUUAUUAUAUGUUCAGAAUGUACACAAUAAAUACGGCCAUAUACAUAA